CUAUUUUCGUCCUCUUUCGCAACGAUAGACUUGAACCGAAGUGUAGAUAGUAAAUUUCAAUAUGGUGGCUGAGAAGUGUAGUUCUGAGUACACGCUGUAGAAAAAGAAAAGAAAAUAUGACAAGUCUAAUUGUGGCAGGAUUGGGGAUAGCAGGGGCAGCUUAUGCUGGACGCUUUGCUAUGCAAGCCUUUCGAAAAGUUAAUUGGUCACAAGUGCAAAAGGCCAUGCCAACUAUUCCAGACAUUUCACUGAAUGCAUAUUAUCGUGGAGGCUUUGAACCUAAAAUGACAAAAAGAGAGGCAUCACUGAUAUUAGGUGUAAGUGCUAAUGCAAAUCUGCAAAGAAUACGUGAUUCUCAUCGACGUAUUAUGAUUGUCAACCAUCCAGAUAAAGGAGGAUCUCCAUAUCUUGCGUCAAAAAUAAACGAGGCGAAAGAUAUUCUCGAAGGAAAAACGAAAGGCAGUUAACGGUGGUUUUUGUUUUUCUUGUGGAAGUGUCUUGUGGAUAUAUUGUAAAUAUUUUUAAGGAAAUUAUUUCAUAAUUCUUGAUCUGUCUUUAUA